AGCGCUACUGACCUCUCCCCACCACACGUACUUUAACCAAUCAGAGCAGAGGGGACUCUGCUCUACAAGUAUAUAAGAGAAGCAAAAGGACCGUUGCGUCACUGUAGUUUCGGAGUUUGACCAAAUCGUACUUUAUUCUUAACGACAUGGCUCGUACUAAACAAACUGCUCGUAAAUCUACCGGUGGGAAGGCUCCCCGGAAACAGUUAGCUACCAAAGCUGCUCGUAAAAGUGCGCCUGCAACGGGAGGAGUGAAGAAACCUCAUCGUUAUAGGCCUGGAACUGUAGCACUCAGAGAAAUUCGAAGAUACCAAAAAAGUACGGAACUCUUAAUCCGUAAAUUACCUUUCCAACGUCUCGUACGUGAAAUAGCUCAAGACUUCAAAACCGAUCUUCGUUUCCAAAGUUCUGCUGUAAUGGCUUUGCAAGAAGCCAGCGAAGCUUACCUUGUUGGACUUUUCGAGGAUACCAACUUGUGUGCUAUUCAUGCCAAACGAGUUACAAUCAUGCCAAAGGACAUCCAACUCGCUCGUCGUAUUCGUGGAGAAAGAGCUUAAGUUUUAAGGCGCUCCGCCUUUUACACAACAAUCGGCCCUUUUCAGGGCCCCAUUUUUUUUAAAUCGAAGAACACUUUGGUGAUCAUUUUAUUAAAACUUCAAAUAUACUAUACCCAUAUCAUUAUAAACUGUAAUUUCCACCUUUCAAAAAGAAUCAUAAAAUUAGGUUCAAAAAGAUAUUUUUACCAUGAAAGUGAAAUCCUGCAUGUAUACUAUAAUAAACUCAAUUUGGAAUUUAGUUCGAAGGGAUUUACACGUCUUAAGUAAAAAGUAUUGAAAAAAUAAUAUGUAACUAACUUCUAAUUUUUUAUAAAAUUGUUGUAGCUGCAGGGAGCCGAGAUUUUCUAAUAUAAAGUAGAUCCUAAGUAUUCGGCAGAAUGUCUGUAACGAAUGUUGCGCAGCUACGUUAGUGCUGUUCUUUGUUCGUAGCUAUACAGUUUGCCUUUGAGUAAAAUCCCGAACAUGCCGAUAUUUGUCCGGUCGUUGUAAAAUACCGUGUUCAUCGUAAUAAAUUAA